CUUAAAAUGCAUCUAUUUCUUAGAGUAUUUUCAUCACUUAGUCACUCACUGCUACAAAAGGCGUUGACGACCUUUUGUUUCCCAGCUGAAAUAUAAAAAAAAUUGCUUCUUAAACUCAAACUCUCUGCUCUCUCUUUCUUCUAUUUAUUUCCUCCUAUCAGAUAAAAACACAUAGACUCCACGAUGGCCGGAAGAGGAGGAGAGCUCACGGAGGCUCUGGUGAAAAAGACCGGCAGAGAAGAAGAGGAUGAGUUGGGGAUGAAGGAGAAGGUUUGGAUUGAAUCAAAGAAACUGUGGGUUGUGGCGGCGCCAGCGAUCUUCACAAGAUACUCUACGUUCGGAGUUUCAAUGGUAACUCAAGCUUUCAUUGGCCAUCUUGGCCCAACCGAGUUGGCCGCUUACUCUAUCACCUUCACCAUUCUCCUCCGUUUCAGUAAUGGUAUCUUGUUAGGUAUGGCCGGUGCACUAGGAACAUUAUGUGGUCAAGCCUACGGAGCCAAACAAUACCAGAUGCUCGGGAUCUACCUCCAAAGGUCAUGGAUCGUCCUCACAGGUGGUACCAUUUGCCUCAUGCCCGUCUUCAUCUUUGCGGGCCCUAUCCUCUUAGCUUUAGGUCAAGAGGAACGCAUUGUUCGUGUGGCUCGGGUCUUAGCCCUAUGGGUCAUAGGCAUCAACUUCUCCUUCGUGCCCUCCUUCACUUGCCAAAUGUUUCUCCAAGCUCAGAGCAAGAACAAGAUUAUUUCCUACGUGACUGCUGUCUCCUUAGGGCUCCAUGUCUUCUUCUCGUGGCUCCUAGUGGCUCAUUUCAAUUUUGGGAUCACUGGUGCGAUGACCUCUAUGCUAAUUGCGUUCUGGUUGCCUAUCAUUGUGCAGCUCUUGUAUGUAACAUGUGGUGGAUGUAAGGAUACAUGGAGAGGAUUCUCUAUGUUGGCCUUCAAAGAUUUGUGGCCCGUCUUAAAACUAUCUUUGUCUUCCGGUGGAAUGCUUUGCUUGGAGUUAUGGUACAACUCGGUAUUGGUAUUGCUCACUGGAAAUUUGAAAAACGCAGAGGUGGCUCUUGAUGCACUAGCAAUCUGCAUCAGCAUAAAUGCACUGGAGAUGAUGAUAGCACUUGGGUUUUUGGCAGCAGUAAGUGUAAGAGUGUCCAACGAGCUCGGUAGUGGAAACCCCAAAGGAGCCAAGUUUGCAACAUUGAUAGCGGUUUUCACGUCACUCUCUAUAGGAAUAGUUCUAUUCUUCGUUUUUUUGUUUUUGAGGGGAAGAAUUUCCUACAUUUUCACUACAAGUGAAGCUGUCGCGGCCGAAGUUGCUGAUCUUUCUCCACUUUUAGCAUUUUCCAUCCUCUUGAACAGUGUUCAACCUGUUCUCUCUGGAGUGGCAAUCGGAGCGGGAUGGCAAGGAUAUGUGGCUUACGUUAACCUUGCUUGCUAUUACCUUGUCGGAAUUCCUAUUGGUGUUAUCCUUGGUUAUGUUGUUGGUUUGCAAGUGAAAGGUGUAUGGAUAGGAAUGCUUUUUGGAAUAUUCGUUCAGACUUGUGUGCUCACCGUCAUGACUCUCAGAACAGAUUGGGAUCAACAGGUAUCUACGUCGUUGAGAAAUAUAAACCGGUGGGUUGUACCAGAAUCUAGAGAUGCAAAUCAAAUUUCAUCAGAGGAAUAAUUAAUUUGGAUUAUGAUAUGAAGAUAUGAUAGAUUUAAAGAUUAUGAUGAUGUUCCUUUUUUAUGAAAUGUGAAAAAAAAAAUUGAUAAAAAAUAAAGGUUGUUUACAGAAGU